GCUAGUUAAUCUCUCACUCUCAUAAUAUCAUUUCCCAGUCUAUCUCUCCUUUAUUCACGCCGCUCUCACUUCCAAUUUCACACUUCUCUCUCUUCUUACUCAACACAAAAACACAGAAAACACCAAAGCUUUCCUUGUUCACCAUAUCACCAUCUAUCCUUCUGAUUUUGCUUCUUUCCUCCCUUAGACCCCAACACCACCAUCAAAAUGUCUGAAUUUUCUUUCUCAUCAAACACUUCCAAGAAGACUAAAUUCUCUAGUCUUCUUCUUGCUGACUUCUUCAAUGUCUGUUUCUUCAUUUUGUCACACCCUCUCUACUUCUCCUACUUCAUUUUCUUCUCACCAUACCUCCUCAAGCUCCUUUCUUUUCUGUCUCCUCUCUUCAUCACCACUGCCCUUCUUGUCCUGGCUUACCUCACUGUCACUCCCCCACUUGUCCAAGACAACGUUGCCAAUUCCGAAUUGUCCAGCAUCAAGGUUGGUUGUCUUGUGACCACUUACCAAACUGUUUUGGAAAGAUUGCAGAAGUCUAAAGCAGAUGACAGUGAUGGUGAUGAUCAUGAUCACGAGGAGUUUCGAUCUUUCGAAGAGCUUGAAGUGUAUAAGAUUGUGUUUGAUACAUCUAGUUUCGAGAUUAGCGAGAACCCAGUUGAAGAAAUCUGCUCACAAGUCUCUGAAGCACCAGUUGAUGAUGUGUCCAGCAAUGAAGGCAAUGCUACCUCUGCUCCACUGGAAGCUGCAAGUGAUGUUUUAGAUGAAAAACCAGCUGAGGUUUUUGCUUGGCCAAGAGUGGAGACAUUGGCAGCAUUCUUUCAAGAGGAGAAUUGGUCAAAAGAUUUGAUGUGCAAGAAGGAAGAGAAAGAAGAAGUCAAGCCAGCAAGCACAAUGUCCAAUAAAGUUGAUGAAGAUGAAAAAGAAAAAAGGUCCAUGAGAAGAGCAUCCAAGGAUUUGAGUAGUAAAACAAGUUUUUGUGAAGUGAGUGCUGAUUAUGAUGGAGAUCAAUUUACUUCCAAAUCCAUGUCAAAUUCCCAAAGGCUAGGAGCAAAUUUUGGAGAAGACAACAUUAAAGUUAUUGAGGACUCUCAAAUGCUAAUGGGUCCAAAUCUUGGAAGUUUUGGUUCAAUGAGGAAAGAGAAAGAGUGGAGGAGGACACUGGCUUGCAAGCUUUUUGAGGAGAGACAUCACAAUGUGGAAGGUGGAGGUGAGGGCAUGGACAUGCUUUGGGAGACAUAUGAUGAGACAGAAUCAAUUAAAGCCAUGAAGGGAAAAAGCAAGUCAAAGAAGGGCAAGAACGGAAAGGUUGAGGAGGAUGAUGAUGAUGGAGAGGAAGAGGAGGAUUUUGAUGGGCAAUUAUGCUGCUUGCAGGCAUUGAAAUUCUCAGCAGGGAAGAUGAAUUUGGGCAUGGGGAGGCCUAAUCUUGUCAAGUUUUCCAAGGCCCUCAAAGGGUUUGGGUGGUUGCACCAUGUCACCAAGCAUGGGAAGAAGGGGUACCAUUGAUUUAACUAGAUUUUUAGAUUUACUUUGGUUAAUGCAUGCUAAAUUCAAGAAGCAAUUAUGUGUAUUUGUGUUAAGAGUGCCACAAGUAAAUAUGUCCCUUUGUUUUAUGAUAUAAAUUAGCUUCCACUAAUUAACUAUAAAAUAAGAUUGUUCCUCUGUUUCCAUCCAUCUUACUCAUUUCUA